AUGCCAUGUACUAUUGCCACGCUUACUGUGGCCAACAAUGUUUUGUUGCCGUUAAGGAUCCAUGUGAAUAGGAAACAGCUGCUUCAAAAUAUUGCGAAUUCUUCCUCAGAUGAAAAAGACCCCAUAUUUGAAGCACCAUUGCUAGCAAAUAACUCAAUAAUACAACUGAAGGCUCCUCUAACUAGGAUAUAUCUGUCGAAUAAAGACUUGACAGACCUGUGCAAUGAGAUCAAGUACGAUCUACUGUUCAUCGUUUACGAUUUAACCUCAAAAGAAGUUAUGGACCAUGAUCUCAGAAUCGGUAAAGUAAUAAGUUUUCAAAAUGAUAUAGUAGAGAAGCAUUACAUGAAGGAUGGUGAAAUGGUAAACGAUAUGAUCAAAAACUGUCAUAUCGAAUCGAUUGUUAGAAUAUCAAAAUUCAAGUUGAAAAUAUCGUACAAGCACAAUUGGGAAUUAAGCAUCUUUAUAAAAAGCUUGAAACAACUCACGGAAAUCAGAAAUUACUUGCUGUUUAAGAAUUUCCCAACCCACUUUGAUGAGAUCUCUACAGAACAUAUGGUUAAUACAGGCAUGGUUUCUGUCAAGAACAACAAGCGUAUUCUAUUAACAACAGUUCAGGAGCAGGCUCCAGAAAACCCAGUAAUCCUACUGGAAGGCAGUGACAAUGAAUCUGGAUUUAUACACGAACAUAUAACAGAAGAUACGAAACCUACAAUAAAUUAUAAAUACCAACCAUCGAUAACAUUACCAGAAUGUAUCGAAAUUCAUGUUUUGAAAAGGCCAAGAAGACAUAGAGCGUAG